GUUAACCGCUAGUGAGGCAGUUAAACCGCACGUGAGGAGCUGAAUUUAAAAUGUCUGACUGGGAGGACAGUGACGACGAAACUUCUCACAAGUCUGCCUCGAAACCCGCUACAACUGAAUGGAAAUAUCCAGGCGAUGACUGUCAAUCAGGAAAUAUAUGUUUCGGUGUAAAACAAGGAACUUUGUUUGGAGCCUCAGGAGAGAAGAGGGGUGGCCACAGCUAUGAGGGUGUCGAGUUCAGGAGUUGGAGAGGUGGAAGAGGUCGAGGAGGCCCACCGAGAGAAGGACGAACAUUUGUUGAUGAGAAGUCGAACACUUCUGCCCCCCUGACCAUUUCAGUUGAAAAUGCGUCAGUUGGGAGGGUAAUAGGUCGUGGAGGAGCCACAAUUCGUGAACUUGAGGGGAAUAGCGGUGCAAGAAUCAAGAUAAAUAAGGGUGACUAUGAAGGUGAGGUGGUCAUCUUUGGGUCCUCUGCUGCUCAGCAAAAAGCCAAGAAGAUGAUUGAAGAACUGGUGGCAGAUGGCAGCUCACGGUUUAGUAAUGAUCCUAGUAGAAGGCAAUACUACGGAGGGGGCAAUGGAGGCCACAGAAGAAAAGCUGAUGGGGGAGUAAGCACUGGCUCUGUCUGGUCUGCUGCAGAACUACAGGCUGCUGAAGAUGUUCCAGUACGUCCAUCCAUAGACUGGAACGCUAUCCGGGAGAACAAGGACAAAUAUGAAGAGCUUAAAUGGAAAGACGUCCCACCCAUCAAGAAGAAGUUUUACAUCGAGGCUGAGAAUGUGUCCAUGCUCACACCUGAAGAAGUCAGUGAAUGGAGAAAGGAAAAUAACAACAUCUUUGUGGAUGACCUGAAGGAGGAAGGGGGAAAGCGGCCCAUUCCAAAUCCCUGUCGCACAUUUCUGGAGGCCUUUCAGCUUUAUCCAGAGAUUAUGGAAAAUAUUGAUCGUGUUGGCUUUGAAAACCCUACCCCCAUCCAGUCUCAAGCAUGGCCAGUGUUACUCAGUGGGGAGGACCUGAUAGCAAUUGCUCAGACAGGAACUGGGAAAACACUGGCUUACCUGCUGCCAGGGUUCAUUCAUAUGGAUGGACAGCCUGUAGCUAGAGCUGAGCGGGGUGGUCCUGGCAUGUUGGUGCUGACUCCUACCAGAGAGCUGGCCCUGCAAAUUGAAGCUGAGUGCAACAAGUAUCGUUACAAAGGAUACAAAUGUGUCUGUAUCUAUGGCGGAGGUGACAGGAGAGGCCAGAUCAACUUGGUGAAGAGUGGUAUUGACAUAGUGAUCGCUACACCAGGCCGUCUCAAUGAUCUGCAGAUGAAUGAGCUCAUCAAUCUUCGAUCUAUCACCUACUUGGUGCUAGACGAGGCUGACCGUAUGCUUGAUAUGGGCUUUGAACCCCAGAUUAUGAAGAUUCUUCUAGACAUCCGUCCAGAUCGACAGACUGUCAUGACCAGUGCCACUUGGCCCACAGGGGUGAGACGAUUGGCCAAAUCCUACCUUAAGAAUCCCAUGAUGGUUUAUGUGGGCACACUGGACUUGGCGGCAGUUAACACAGUGCAGCAAACAGUGCUGAUUGUUCGUGAGGAAGAGAAGAAGUCGUAUGUUUUCGACUUUAUCAGAAACAUGCUGCCCCAGGAUAAAGUCCUCAUCUUUGUUGGCAAGAAGCUUAUUGCUGAUGACCUGUCGAGUGACAUCUGUCUGCAAGGUCUGGCUGUCCAGAGUCUCCAUGGUAACCGUGAACAGUGUGACCGUGAAGAAGCUCUUAAAGACUUCAAAGAGAGUCGAGUUCGCAUCCUAGUAGCCACAGAUUUGGCAUCUCGGGGGUUGGAUGUUCAUGAUAUAACGCAUGUCUUUAAUUAUGACUUCCCACGAAACAUUGAGGAGUACGUCCACCGUGUGGGUCGCACAGGCCGAGCAGGACGAUCAGGUGCUGCUGUAACCUUAGUAACAAGAGAAGACUGGAGGAUGGCCCCGGAGCUGAUUCCCAUACUGGAGCGAGCAGGACAAGAGGUCCCCGAGGAGCUGCUGCUCAUGGCAGAGAGAUAUGAGAAGCAUAAGAGGGAGAAGGAGAUGUGCAAUCCGAGGGGAGGACAGGGACAUGGAGGAGGCAGAGGAGGAGGCAGAGGAGGAGGAGGAGGAGGAGGAUGGGGAAGAAGAGAUGGUGGAGGAAAAGGCAGUAGAGACCGAGGCCAAAAUUGGGGAUUCUAAUACAUGACUGUCCACAGGUAGCUUCCACACAGUACAGGGAGGCUCGAGAUCUGAAACCACCUGAUAUUUCUUUUGAAUUCCUACUUGAGUUUGUUUUUUUUUGUUUUUUUUUAUAUAUAAAAACGUUUUCCUGUAUUGUUAUCCAUUAUAAUUGUUUGGUUGGCAGUUACACUAGUUAUAAAAAGUUUGAUAUGUGUUUUCCUGACAGUUCUUUUUCUUUCUGUGACUCAUCCUCAUUUAUAUACUUGAUAUUUUGUUUAAUUUUUUGAUUUGGGCAGAAAGAAAUCUGCCAAAUAAAUUCUCACUUUUAAAGAGA